AUGGAGGUCGAAAGAGUCCAAGACAUCUCCUCAUCUUCCCUCCUAACCGCAGCUAUCCCGUUGGAGUACAUCAGAUCAGAGAAAGACCAGCCGGCGAUCACAACGUUCCGAGGUCCGACGCCGGCUAUUCCCGUCGUCGAUCUGAGCGAUCCCGUCACAGAGAGCGUUACGCGCGCGGUGGUGAAGGCGAGCGAAGAGUGGGGGAUCUUCCAGGUGGUGAACCACGGGAUUCCGACGGAGCUGAUACAGAGGCUGCAGGACGUCGGGAGAAAGUUCUUCGAGCUUCCUUCGACGGAGAAAGAGUCCGUCGCGAAACCGGUCGACUCGAAAGACAUUGAAGGAUACGGCACGAAGCUUCAGAAAGAUCUAGAAGGUAAAAAAGCUUGGGUCGAUCAUCUCUUCCACCGAAUAUGGCCACAGUCGUGCGUUAACUACAGAUUCUGGCCUAAGAAUCCACCUGAAUACCGGGAGGUCAAUGAAGAGUAUGCAAUACAUAUGAACAAGCUAUCGGAGACAUUGCUUGGGAUUCUCUCGGAAGGAUUAGGGUUACGUCGUGAGGCGUUGAGAGAAGGUCUUGGAGGAGAUAUGGCGGAGUAUAUGAUGAAGAUCAACUACUAUCCGCCGUGUCCUCGGCCGGAUUUGGUUUUGGGAGUACCGGCACACACCGAUCUCAGUGGAAUCACUCUGCUCGUGCCUAACGAAAUUCCUGGACUUCAGGUUUUCAAAGACGAUCACUGGUUCGACGCUGAGUAUAUUCCUUCCGCCGUCAUUGUCCACAUCGGCGAUCAGAUUCUGAGGCUGAGUAAUGGGAGGUAUAAGAAUGUGUUGCAUAGAACAACGGUUGAUAAGGAGAAGACGAGGAUGUCGUGGCCGGUUUUCUUGGAGCCUCCCCGUGAAAUGAUCGUCGGACCUUUACCGGAGCUUACCAGCGAUGAUAACCCUCCAAAGUAUAAGGCUAUGGCUUUCAAGGACUACAGUUACCGCAAGCUCAAUAAGCUUCCUCUGGAUUGA